UCAUUGCACCACUUCCCCUUCUCGGCAAAGUCAAACGACCAUUAAACACAACGAAUAUUGUUCUAUUUAGGAAACUUUUUUUUUCUGGUCACUGUAAAAUUUUGCUGUACAGAUGGGGACCGACAGAGGAACUUUGGUCUGAUGUUUCAUCAAUCAUUAUCAUUAUUAAUUAAAGUCUUCAUGAACAUUAGUUCAAGAUCCAACACCUAACUUUUACUCUAUUCUCCUUUUCUCUAAUUCCCUGUACCCAAAAGUGGGUUCUUUUGAACUCCUAUAUCUGAUUUAGUGAUAUUGAUAUACAGAAAUGAAAUGCCCAAAAUGGGUUCUUGAGUACUUGUAUAGUAGUAACUGGUUUUGUGAAAAUUCAUAUACACAGAAUUAUUAUGAUUAGUUUUAACAAUUGUUUUUUGAGUUGACACACCAUUUUACCAUAUGUCGAGAGAUUUUCUUCAAUCCACUUCAAGGUUAUGUUCUGGAGGCAGAUUGUUUCCACUUGUUGUAGGGAGCCUUCUUUUACUUCAUCUUUUCUCCUUUGCUCAUCAACGAAAUGGGCAAAGCGGGGAGACUCGCUUAAGUGCAAUCCAGAGCACACAGUUUCACAUACUUGAAAAGGUCGAGGAGGAGAAUAUACAGCUUCCUCAACCCAGGAAGCGAUCCGCACGUGCUGCCAAACGGAAGCCUAAACGGCCAGCCACCUUCAUCGAUGAAUUCCUUGACGAGUCUUCCCAGCUAAGGAAUGUGUUUUUCCCUGAUCAGAGGACUGCUGUGGAUCCUAGGAAGGAUUAUGGGAAUGAUACCUACUAUUACCACCCAGGAAAAAUAUGGUUGGAUACAGAGGGAAAUCCUAUACAAGCUCAUGGGGGAGGCAUUCUUUACAAUGCGAGGACAAAAAUGUAUUAUUGGUAUGGAGAGUAUAAAGAUGGACCCACUUACCAUGCUCACAAAAAAGGAGCAGCAAGAGUUGAUGUCAUUGGUGUAAGUUGCUAUUCAUCUAAAGAUUUGUGGACUUGGAAAAAUGAAGGCAUCGUUUUAGCAGCUGAAGAAAAAAACGAGAUACAUGAUUUAUACAAAUCGAAUGUGUUAGAGAGGCCAAAAGUAAUUUACAAUGACAAGACAAGUAAGUACGUAAUGUGGAUGCAUAUCGACGAUUCAAACUAUACCAAAGCUUCUGUGGGUGUUGCCAUUAGUGAGUUGCCCACUGGCCCCUUCCGUUAUUUGUAUAGCAAACAGCCUCAUGGAUAUGAUAGCAGGGACAUGACACUCUUUAAAGAUGAGGAUGGUGUAGCAUAUCUGAUUUACUCGUCGGAACACAACAAAGACCUUCAUAUUAGUUCACUUAACGAAGAAUAUACAGAUGUGACACAAAGCAUGAGAAAGAUUCUCAUCGGACAACACAGAGAAGCACCUACUCUAUUUAAGCACCAGGGAACAUAUUACAUGAUCACGUCUGGUUGCACUAGUUGGUCUCCAAAUGAGGCCCUUGCUCAUGCAUCUGAAUCAAUUAUGGGGCCAUGGGAGACCAUUGGAAACCCAUGCAUGGGUGGGAACAAGAUUUUCCGCUUAACUACUUUUUUUGCUCAAGGUACAUUUGUGGUUCCUUUGUCUGGGCUACCUGGUCUGUUUAUUUUUAUGGCAGAUAGGUGGAAUCCGGCUGACUUGAAGGAUUCGAGGUAUGUGUGGCUACCAUUAACAGUGGGCAGGCCUUUAGACCGUCGUCCUCAGAACAAUUUUGGGAUCCCUUUGUGGUCUAGACUGUCAAUAUAUUGGCAUAAGAAAUGGAGACUUCCUUAUAGGUAGCAGUGAAGAAUGUAAAUAGGGAUUCUAAACUCUGAUUUUGUUGUAAAAAUAUGUUCUUUUUUUUUUUUUUUUUAAAAAAAGUAUUGAUCCACAGCAUGUGUUGUUAUUUACUGUUGAUUUAAAAAGGAUCAUCAUUGGUGUAAGUUUGUACAUUUCCAGCUGGACCCAAUAUUCAUUCUAUGUAAUAUAUGGAGGUCAUGCUUGAGCUAGAA